AUGAUAGUAACUGGUUUUUUACCACCACUUGUAAUGGCGAUCUUUGGCAUAUUGGCAAUAAGAAAUUUUCGACAUGUUCGACUUCAUCCUACUCCAGACGAAUCUAAUACUGCUGGUCCAUUAUCGUCGAAAGAUCGUCAAUUAACUAUUAUGUUAUUAUUUGAAGUUCUUGUUUUUAUUAUCUUUUCAUUGAUAGGAUCGAUCUUUUUUGUCUAUACACAAAGAAUUCCAGAUGAAAGUAAAACUAUAGAACAACAAGCUUUGGAUUUUUUUCUUCUUGAUGUUGGUAUAAAUCUCGUACUUGCACAAUCUGCUACAAGUUGCUACGUAAAUCUGAUCGUUUCAAAAAGUUUUCGCCAAAAUAUUCAAAAACUUAUUUGGAAAAUAAUUCCUGAUUAUUGUCGUCGAAAAUUGGUAAAUCAUUGGCCAAAUUUAGCAGCAAAUCCAUUAAAUAAAGCUCCUACAGCUGGAACAGCUCAGAUGCGCACACAACUUGCACAUAAAUGA